AGGUCGGUAACACCGACAACGAGCCAUCCCCGGAGGUUCAACGCACACAACAUGAGAAAAGCGAAAAAGAAAAAGUCGGCAGCGUCCAGAAGAAACCACGGCAAAGGCCCGCCACAGAACGCCACACAAUCGUCCGUCUCCUGGAUCGACGAUCUAGUCUUUGCCCCAGUUCUUCCACAGAACAUGGGAGACGAAGCUAAGAAUACAUUACACCGUACAAAUGUUGGUCCCCGCACCGGUAUCCACGCCAUUAGCGACGACAACGCCAACAACAACAACCAUACCAUUUCCGUCGUGUCUUGGAACAUGCUGGCGGAGGCCUACUGCAGCCCCCGUUCCCACGUCAACUUGCCCGCAUCCUACCGAAAGGUUGUCUUUGAUCGAACCGCACGAAGGGAUCGUAUAUUUGCAAUCCUCAAGCGCUUGGCCCAACAGCAACAGCCCGUCAUCGAUGUCUUGUGUCUGCAAGAAGUCGACGUCCAUCUGGACGACGCCUUGCAAAGGUGGGGGUACGCCGCUGGACGGCAAACGCCACGUACCCGAGCUGGUGGCGGAUCCGGAGGCCGUGUAGACGCUUGCGCCGUUUACGUACGCGACCAUCGCUGGCAGAUAGUCGCACACGAACUUGUGCGCUUGGAUGAUCUCGCCACGCUCCGCUCCGCGCCGCAUUCGGUCCCUGACGACCGCCGUAUCGGUAACGCCAGUAAUAGUGCCAGUGCUACCAGUCAUCUGCAAGGUCUCCAACAGGGGUUUCUGCGUCGCAACGCCGCUCUCUUGGUACGUCUGCGGGACACUUCGGGAAGGACAGUGGUAGUAGCCAACGCGCAUUUGUAUUGGAAUCCUGGAUUUGAAUACGUCAAGCGCGCCCGAGCCUUUCUCCAACACGCCGAGGAACCCCUCAUUUUUUGCGGGGAUUUGAAUUCACGACCACACGGAGCCGCUCAUACCUACCUGACACAAGGAUUCAUCAACGCCAAACGCAUAGCACCAUGGUACAGCUACGGUAAGGCAGACGAAAGCAUGACAAACGAUUGCGAAACAACUGAUGACGGAGCAUUGUACAACGAGGCAAAGGAUGACGACGAACCGGUCACACACAGCGUUCUUGAGCAGACGUUUUCGGCUCUGGAUCUCAACGACACGAACAACACCUCAGAACUAGCCAGUCCUCGGAUUCGCUACGUACUCGACGCGACGUUGAAUAAACUCUGUCGAUGGCUCCGAAUUCUGGGUCAAGACGCCGCGCUGGAAACAGACAAGGAGGAAAAAUCUCGGACCCAAUACAACGGUACAAUACCCCUUUUCGAUCGCGCCCGUGAGGAAAGACGUACGCUUGUGACGACUUCGACGCGACUCAUGCAACGCCGGGAUUGUCCCACCGGGGCUUACUGCUUGAAUCCCUCUGUUUUGCCGCAUUUGGAAGUCGCCUUGGUGCAUCUGUUGCUGACCCAUGGAGUCGUGUUGGAACCGGCUACGUUCUUGAGCCGGUGUGUGGUCUGUAACGGGAAGAUCGUUAAAGUCCAGGAGAAAUCUCGACAACGUCAAAUUUUGGAAGGCUACGAUGCUCCCGUGUUGGCGGAAGAGAUGGUAGUGUACGAAUGUGACGGCUGUCAGCAAGGCUACUGGUGGUGUGAUCUGCCAACGAGUUCAGCAUCGAGGGUGAAAACGCAAGCCACCCGACUAUUUCAAGUCUGCUUACAGGCGGGUGUUCCCAUAGACGGGCGCGUUCCGGAUUUGUUUGCCCACGUGAAUGUGCCACAAGAACAGGAACAGGGCUGGGACUAUACCCAGCCAGGCAGUGAUCUGCUACGGCAAAGGCUGGACGUAAUCGAUUGGCUCAAGGACGAAUCUCUAUCUUGUCCCUUUCAUUUAGAGAGUGCAUACGCGAUGCGAGACGAAUCUAACAAUCUGGUGGGCGAAGAAAUACCUUUCACCAACGUGACGGAUUCAUUUGUCAAUACAUUGGAUUAUAUUUUCUUUGAACCCAAGCGAAUGGAAUUGUUGUCCCGGCUGUACGUUCCGAAAAGCUUUCGAGAAUUGAACACCAAAAAUAUUCCGCGGGGACAUUUGUUGCCGAGCGAUAUAUGGCCAAGCGACCACCUUGCGAUUGGCGCGACGUUUGCGUUGCUUCCUAGGACCGCUUCAACGGACCCAUCCGUGUCGUUAGCGGAGAGGACUGAUUCUGCGGCUACACUGCAAAAGGAUCAUCGAGGCGUGGCACCCUUGGAGCCAGCCUCAGCGAGAGUCACCAGCGGGUCGGACAUAGACAGCGAGUACUGUUUGCCGACGGGUGCUGGAGUAGGUGCGCUACCGAUUCGACCCACGGCUCCAGUUUUUCCAAGGCGGCACAAGAAGCGAUGCGACUGUGGGUGCGUACCGUCUAUUCUAUCAAUGUUCGAAAUGGCGGAACUACGCAAGCAGGCACGACUGGCCAAAGCGCAGCGCACGGAAUCGGGACUGAAUUCUGUAGUCUCAUAA